AUGUGGUCCCGGGCGAAUUGGGUGUUCAGCAUGAUGCUCUUUUCUUGGGCACCACCGACACCUGAUGCCAUCAAAAAGGAUGAGGAACGCGAAGCUGAAUAUGACGACGCGGAAGAACAUCAGAAGGAGGAUACCAGUAGUUUCAAGGGCAUGCUUUCCGAUUGGCAGAAGGCAGAACCCCUGGGACUGCAACUUUCACAAUGUUGGCAUGAAAGUUCAGGAUAUUCAGGAAAGGCUCAACUGAGAGGGCAUCGACUUGCUCUUAGCCUUCUCCGAUGUCUUCGCAGCGGACUGGUUCUAGGGGGUUUGAUCGAGCUCGCAGCCAUGUUGACGGCCGCAAUACCGCCAAUUAUUCUACGCUGGCUUCUCGUGGCUUUAGCUGAACCAAUAACGAAUCCCGAUCCCGCCACGUCGAGUAGUACACAAGACGCUCACAAACCACACAUUAUACGCACCUCGCACAGCUAUACUCUGGUGGCCACUAUGACAGCCACGCAAAUGGCCGCCGGGAUACUCAUCAACGCCUCAAGAUAUAGGCUGGAAGGUGUUGGAGCCCAAGCUAAAGCUGCUCUCACAUACAUGAUAAUGAACAAGGCCUUCUUGGCCCCGCCAUCCUCAUCAGCCACCAAUUUGGUUCGAAGUCCACAUGAUCGCAACAAGGAUGGCCCAGAACAAACAUGGAACUCUGGCACCGUUUUCAACCUCGCAUCGGUGGAGGCCUCUCGUAUAGAAGACUGUAUCAGCGGCAUCAACGCCAUAUGGACUGUGCCAGCUAGCUUUCUUCUCGCAAUUCCUAUGCUGGCCACCAAUGUGGACGCAUCGUCGCUAGGCGGCAUGGUCGUAUUGCUCCUGGGUCUACCUAUCUUCACGCGCGUGUCCCUCCGUAUCUGGGAUGAACAGAAGGCCCUCAGUGGAUUCUGUCGACAUCGUGCUGCGUGUACUUUACAGGUUAUUCAAGGCAUUCGAGGCAUCAAGCUUGCGGGAUGGUCGUCUCAAAUAAUGGUUUUGAACAAGUUGUGUGGGAUGAGAGUUGUUGAGUUGGUAACGGCAAGCCGUUUGUGGCACAACCGAGCCCUGCUAGAAGCGGCGUGUGCUUUGUUGCCAACUUUGGCCUCUAUGGCAAGUCUCAUUCUGUAUGAUACCCUCCAUGAGGGUGUGCCAGAUCCAGCGAAAGCUUUCUCAUCCUUUGCUCUCUUCUUGGCCCUCAAGCCUCACGUCAACCGAGCGGCACAGGCAGCAGUCCAGUUGCAAGAUCUCCUUGUCGGAUGCCGCGCGAUCGAGAUGUGGUUGGAGACGGAAGAACCGCACGAAAUGAGAACAACCUCUGCGGAGUGGGCGGUUGAUGUUGCCCAAAACACUGUUCUCAGUUGGCCAGCCAGAUCGUCGACUGACGACUUCCACCUCUCUUUCAACACCAAGUUUCAGAUUAUGAACGGGGAGCUUGUAGCUGUUUGCGGCCGCCCUGGGUCUGGCAAGUCCUCUCUGAUGCACGCUAUUGCAAGCCAGAUGUGUCUCGAAACAGGAAGCUUUGAGCUGGGUAUCGGCUCAAAAGCGGCUUUGGCUAGCCAGACGCCAUGGAUCAGACAAGGCACAAUUCGGAGCAACAUCAUUUUCGAUCAGAAGUUUGAUGAUGCCAGAUAUUGGAAGGUCAUCAACGCUUGUGCUCUUAUCGCCGAUCUCGAGCGCAUGCCCCGACGAGAUCUCACCGUUGUUGGAGCAGGUGGCCAAGGUCUCUCAAGUGGACAGGCACAGCGCGUGAAUAUCGCCCGAGCGAUGUACUCGAAUGCGGAUAUUGUCCUUGUUGACGAUUGCCUUCGAAACCUUGACCCUUCAACUAGCAAGACGGUAUUUGAAUAUGGUCUCUGUGGCCUAGCAAAAGAUCGCACACGAUUUGUCGCGACGAACCAGGCUUGGGUGGCCCGCCAAUGUGACCGGAUACUGUGGCUCGAAGAUGGAAAGGCUACCUGGCUCACUUCUUCAGGCAAACUUGAUGACUAUUUCCCAUCCCUCAUGGGAGAAGAACCUAUGGAAAACUCCUCGACCCAACAACAGGAAGCUCAGUCUUCCCCCCGCCAGGCUGCAACGAAAGCCUCUAAUGCAGAUUCCAGGAGCACGUCGGAGUCAUUGCCAUCUCAUGAAGACACAAAACGACGUGACUCCUUUCAGUUUUAUCUAAGACUUAGCGGUGGGCCCAAGGCAGCCCUCACAGCGGGUGGUAUUGUCUUUUCAUGGCAAGUCACUGCUGCAGCUGUCAUUUUAUGGCUUUCUUUAUGGACAUCUGACCGAUUUGGUCUUUCCGGCUUUGCGUCAGUGACAUUGUUUGCUAUUUUUGGUUUUGGAGAGGCGCUACUAGCGUAUGUCCUGUGCCUCAACAUCACCACGAAGAUGUUACAUGCAAGCCAUAGCUUGUGGGAACGAUCGGUGAGACGAGUCGUUGCUGCGCCCAUGGGUUUCUUCCAAGACUCUCUACUUGGUAGCAUCAUGGACCGUCUCUCAAAAGAUGCGGACACAACGGAUAGGGAGUUGAUAGAGGCGACUCGAAAUGCUACACUUCAUCUCGCACGAUUGCUUGGUGGCGUUGCCUUGAUGCUCGCGAUGGAAUUCAAGGUAUGUCCUGCGGCAACCACAACAUGA